CUCCAAUUCCUCGCCAUGGCUACUCCGCCGAGGGUGUCUUCGCCGCCUUAUUCCACUGCUGCUUCCCCUAACCACGCUCCGGUCAAGCGCGUCGGCACUCACAAUGGAAGCUUUCACUGCGACGAGGCCCUCGGCUGCUUCAUGAUUCGCCUCACCGAUAAGUUCGCCAACGCUGAAAUCGUCCGCACUCGCGACCCGCAGGUGUUGGAGACUCUUGAUGCUGUGCUUGAUGUUGGUGGUGUUUAUGACCCAAGUCGUGAUAGGUAUGAUCACCAUCAGAAGGGCUUCCUGGAGGUGUUUGGAUACGGCUUCUCCACCAAACUCAGUAGUGCUGGACUUGUUUACAAGCAUUUCGGAAAGGAGAUUAUAGCCAAGGAGCUACAAGUUGAUGAAGAUCACCCAGAUGUUCUCUGUUUGUUCCUAGCUGUUUACAAAAGCUUUAUGGAGGCAAUUGAUGCUGUUGAUAAUGGAAUCAACCGGUAUGACACUGACAAACCGCCUAGAUACGUGAACAAUACGCACUUGUCUUCAAGAGUCGGGAGGUUAAACCUUGACUGGACUGAUCCAGAUCAAUCCUCCGAGAAGGAGAACGAGGCUUUCCAAAGAGCAAUGGCUCUGGCCGGCAGCGAGUUCUUAGAAAGUGUUCGUUUCCAUGCAAGGUCAUGGUUACCAGCACGAUCAGUAGUUCUGGGAUGUCUUGCAGCCAGGUUUGACGUUGAUCCUAGCGGAGAAAUCAUGGUUCUAACCAGAUUUUGCCCUUGGAAGCUUCACCUGUUUGAGCUCGAGGAGGAGAUGAAGAUCGAACCUUCAAUCAAAUAUGUUCUCUACCAGGAUGAACGGAGCAAAAGCUGGCGAAUUCAAGCCGUGGCGGUGUCUCCAGACAGCUUCGAGAGCCGAAAACCUCUCCCAGCUCAAUGGCGGGGGCUGAGAGAUGAAGAUCUCUGCAAGGAAUGCGGAAUCCCUGCUUGUGUUUUCGUCCACAUGAGCGGCUUCAUUGGAGGGAAUCAAAGCUAUGAAGGCGCCCUUGCCAUGGCUAAAGCUGCCCUCAAGCUCUAAAUUUUGAUAUUACCAUCGGUACCAGCCUUCCUUACAGAGACAAUUGAUCCGAUAUUUCCAUUUCAAACUUUGAUACAAUUACAGCCUUCUAUAUUCCU